AUGAAUGGGGAGGGGUUGAAGAAGAUGGCGGUUAACGUGUAUUCAACUUCAGUAACUAGCGAUAAUUUGAGUCGACAUGAUAUGCUGGCCUGGAUCAAUGAAUCUCUGCAGUUGACUUUGACAAAGAUUGAACACUUAUGUUCAGGUGCUGCUUAUUGUCAGUUUAUGGAUAUGCUUUUCCCUGGUUCCAUUGCUCUGAAGAAAGUGAAGUUUCAAGCAAAACUGGAACAUGAAUAUAUUCAGAACUUCAAGAUUCUCCAAGCAGGUUUUAAGAGGAUGGGUGUGGACAAAAUAAUUCCUGUGGACAAAUUAGUGAAAGGAAAAUUUCAAGACAAUUUUGAAUUUGUUCAAUGGUUCAAGAAAUUUUUUGAUGCAAACUAUGAUGGGAAAGACUAUGAUCCUGUAGCAGCUCGUCAAGGCCAAGAAACGGCAGUAGCCCCCUCCCUCAUGACUCCAGUUUUGAAUAAGCCAAAAAAACCUCUUGGUUCCAGUGGUGCAGCUCCACAGAGGCCCAUUUCUACACAGAGAUCUACAGCACCUUCCAAGACAGGCCCUGGUAUGGUCAGAAAGAAUCCAGGGAUGGGAAAUGGAGAUGAUGAGUCAGCAGAAUUGAUCCAGCAGAUCAAUGUAUUGAAACUCACUGUUGAAGACUUGGAGAAAGAGAGAGACUUCUACUUUGGAAAGCUAAGGAAUAUUGAAUUGAUUUGUCAGGAAAACGAAGGGGAAAGUGAUCCAGUGUUGCAGAGGAUUGUGGAGAUUCUCUAUGCCACAGAUGAAGGCUUUGUGAUACCUGAUGAAGGGGGUCCGCAAGAGGAGCAAGAAGAGUAUUAAUAACCCAUGUACUGUACAAGUAGAGAAGCAACAUCUGAAUUCUUCACCCCAAAUCAUGUGCUUAACUGUAAAAUACUCCCUUUUAUUAUUUUUAGAGGACUCACUCACUGGUUUCUUUUCGUAAGCAAAAAGUACCUCUUCUUAAAGUGCACUUUGCAGAAGUUUCACUCCUUUUACAAUGGGUAUUGAGUUAGGAACUUUUAUCUUGUGGUAAAGCAGUAUUAACAUCUAGCUGGUUCACUUAGGGAACAAAGAGGCAGAUCUUGAGAGCUCACUUUUUGGUUGCUGGUAAACAUACUGAUUCCUGAAAAAUUGUUUUUAUAUAACAUACUAAAUGGAGGCUCAGAAUAGAGAAAUGUGAAGACGACUCACAAAAUGAAUUAGCUAAUGUGAAAUCUCAACAGAGAACUAAAUAAAUAAUGCCUUAAGAGUAAAAAAAAA